AUAUCUAUAUGCAUGUAAGAACUUGCGUUUAAUCUUUAGCUCCUGGGCUCGGUGGUCGAGGACCAAGUUGACGUCUUAACUCAGGUUUCUUUCACCAGUUCACCACUCAAGAGACAUUUGUCUUCAGUAAAACAACCACAAAACAAAAGUAUGUAUAUUAUAUAUUUAUCAGAUAACUCUGCCGAGAGGCAAAGUUGCCACCCCGUUUUGGAGCAUCAUCUGCUUGGAAUAACUUGGAAUAAACCAGUAUAUUGAUAAUUGCUCAUGCGCUUUUAGAUAUUUACAAAUAUAUCAAGCUAUAGCUUUUAUUCCUCAGCUCUAGCUCUAUAUCUAAAUAAUAAGCAUGGCGUCAAAUUCAAAUUUAAAUAACUCGAGUUAAUUUUUAACCUGCUGAAAAAUAUAUAUCUGUCAUUUUUACAAAUAAAUACACUUGUAAAUUUAAAUAAAAAUGGUUUUACUAACCUUACACUUGUUUACAAUUCAAAUUAUUUUCGUCUGACGUUUAAAAUCCCAACAAUCGCGAACCUUUUUAUUGAUCAAUCAGUUUUCAAAAUAAAUAUCACGAUCAAUUUCAUAUAUAAAAUAUCAAUUGUUUGUGCAAUUAAAAAAUAUAUGUCCACAUAUAUUUGUUGGUAUAUAAUGUAUAAAAAAAAGCCAGAGAUUAGAGAGGAUUGAUUUAGUUUUUUAUCUCAAUAAAAAUGGCGUGAUCUAAGUCAUGGUGACAGAAACAUUUUCUAGUACUAUGAAUAAAUUAAUGUUUAUAGUUAUUUAAAAUUAAAAAUUCCUUUUAAAAUGCAUCAAGUAAAGCAUCGAAUAUGUAUGGUGUCAGAUUUUUUUUACCCCAACAUGGGAGGAGUGGAGGAGCAUAUAUUUAAUUUAUCACAAUGUUUACUUGGUCGUGGACACAAAGUUGUGGUGAUGACACAUUCCUAUGGAGAUCGAGUGGGUAUUCGCUACAUGACAAAUGGUCUAAAGGUCUACUAUUUGCCAAUAAAAGUAUUUUAUAAUCAGUGCGUUCUUCCAACGAUGAUAUGCUCACUUCCGCUGAUAAGAUAUAUAUUUAUUAGAGAAAAAAUUGAAAUAAUUCAUGGGCAUUCGGCAUUUUCAGCUCUAGCACAUGAAGGAAUGCUGAUUGGAAGACUUCUGGGUUUAAAAACAGUAUUUACGGACCAUUCUCUGUUUGGUUUCGCUGAUACAUCAGCGGUCUUGACGAACAAAUGCCUUCAGAUAUCAUUAGCAGACUGCAAUCAUUGUAUCUGCGUAUCGCAUACUGGGAAAGAGAACACUGUGCUACGUGCCAAAGUUCACAAAGACCGGGUGUCAGUGAUUCCUAACGCCGUGGACACGGCAUUGUUCACUCCAGACAUCAGCAAGAGGAAAAGUAACUGCAUUACAAUUGUCGUGGUAUCACGGCUGGUUUAUCGCAAAGGUGUUGAUUUAUUAGCUCAGAUAAUUCCCAAGAUAUGCUCACGGCAUCAAGACGUCCAGUUUUUAAUAGGCGGUGAUGGCCCUAAGCGCUGGCUUAUUGAAGAGAUAAGAGAACGCAAUUUACUGCAGCAUCGAGUUACUUUGCUAGGGAGUCUAGAACACUCCCAAGUGCGUCAUGUUUUAAAUAAAGGUCACAUUUUUUUAAACACUAGUCUUACAGAGGCCUAUUGUAUGGCCAUUGUUGAGGCUGCUUCUUGUGGGUUGCAAGUCGUAUCAACCGAAGUCGGGGGCAUACCGGAAGUGUUGCCGCCAGAAUUAAUUUAUCUAGUCGAGCCAAAGGUAGACGCUCUUGUAGAAGCUCUCGAGCAAGCGAUAGCUGACUACAAAAGCGGAAAUAUUAUUUGUCCUUAUCAAGUCCAUGAUAAAAUAGUAUCUAUUUAUAAUUGGUUCAAUAUUACCAAGAGAACGGAGAUUAUUUAUGACUCAGUUCACCGGGAAGGCAAGAAGACCAUCGGCGAACAAUUAGCUAAUUAUUUAUCAAGUGGAGUCUUGCCAUAUUUGCUGAUGGUCUCGCUAUGCUAUAUCGUACUGCAAAUAUUGGAAUACUUUGUGCCGAGGAAGUACAUUGACAUAGCAAAUGACUACAACCAACCUGAGCAAAAUUCAAAAAGUAAAAAGAAUAAAAAUACUUGAUGAUUACUCAUUUAUUUUAUAGUGAAAAAUUAUAGAUAAUUGUACAUUAUUAUUAAUUAUUAAUUACUAGUAAAUAAUUCGCGGAUCGAUAGAUAAUUUAUAAUCAUGCGUCUUAAUUAAUAAUUUAAUUGUAAAUUUGUUUAAUCACGAAAAUCAAUUGUAUAAAUAUUAUUGGCGCCAUUGAUUAGUUAAAUAAUUUACCAAAAAUAUAUGAGAAAACCGAAAUAAAAUAUAGACUACUUAAUAGAUAUGUAAAUAAGUAAGACUUUGU